AUGAGGUCCUUCCCCCUCUUGUUACUGAUAUUCACACCUGGUCUCACGCAGGAUGUAAGUCCCUAUUUAUGAUGAUUAUAAGAAUAGAGAAUCAAGCCGAUUUUGAGAUUCUGAAAAGGACGCGAAAUCUCCUUUUCCGUGCUUUUUUUCUCAAGUCGUCCUCAUUUUUUUCAUUCUAUUUUUUCAAAAAAAGUGAGGAAAGCGUUUUUAGCGUUUCGCUUCUGAUCGACCGAUGGGAUCUUAUUUCUUCACUCCGUAUGCAAAUUUAUGCUAAUCCAAAAAUUUAAUCCGGCUUCCCUGAGUAUGCUUCCGCACGGUGCAAUGCUUUUCAUGACACUCUUCCACUGCACUGUGCAAAUCAAAUUUCGAAAAAGUCGCACAGUGCAAGAAAUCAAAUUCGCAGAAAAUGCGCUGUGCGUUGCACGGUGCAGAAAGAUUUGAAAAAAGUGUUUUUGAGUUUUCUUUCGGCUGACCUUUUGUUGUUUUCGUUCAGUCGCAAUUUAUUUUCUGAUGAUGCACCGUGCAUUCAGACGUCUGGUUCAUCGCACAAUGGCUUGUCGCAACUUGAAAAAAACGCGAGAAAUGAGUUGCCGCUCAAAUGGUUGCGACUUCACAAUCGCAGGACGCAGCGACAAACAUCUUUCGUUUCUCAUGAUGUCGCAUCGCAAAUCAAAUUGUGCACAGUGCAAACAAUGAAAAUGUCGCCACCUCGCUUUUUGGAUUCGUGACCUUUCGGUUUGAAUCGCGCGUUUUCAUUUUGGGAGUCAUCGUUCUCUUCGUUUUUUGCACUGUGCACACAAAACUCCGAGCUUUCACUGCACAGUGCAGGUGUUUUGUUUCCGCUUCAUUGCACCGUGCCAAAAAAAGGUUUCAAAAUUGGAAAAUUUUCGAAAUAAAAUCAAAAAUUCGGAAUAAAUUAAUAAUUUCAGACGGAUUACUGCGAAGAUUAUGCGGUUUGCUUAGAACGCCUGGAGGCCAAACAACGAGAAUGUCUAAAGUUGCCAGUGCUCGAGAGGGAAGACUUUUCCAAAUCAAGCCCUCAGGCGGAUUGCCUGCGGAAAGAGAAAAGGCGGCAGCAACGGGGGUUGGGGAAGUUGCAAUUAAGGAGGACGGAGAUUAUCGGCGAUUGUAUAUCAUCUCAUUUGGACAGAGCCGAGGAUAUUAUGGAUCCAGAUGGGGUAUAUCAUAAUCAUCAGAAUAAUCUAUUUUCAGGUAGAGAAAUGCAAAAUGGCUUCGGAAAAAAUGCAGAUUCUAAACGAAGUCAUCAUGAAUCCAAAAACAUUUGGAAAAAAGAAUCUAAAGUCCAAAAGGAAACACGUUGUGAUAAAACAAAGCCAUCGCGUUUGUAGACGAGUCAAGAAAAUGUUGUCCAAGAAGUGCAAUCAGCUCUCCAAGUGCUGUUCGAUAUCUACUGAGUAAGUUGCAGAAUUAUCUCAACUAUAAAAUAUAAUUAUAUUGUAGAAAACAAAGACGUUUAUAUUGUAGUAGAUACGAACCCAAAAACAAUUUUAGAUGCGAGGCCAAAGCCGAUCGUCUUUCCGACCAAAUCUCCCAAAUCCGUCGUGAUCUCAGGAAUCCCAUCCUUUCAUCGGAAUGUUUCGAUGAUUAA